AUGACUGACAACACAAGGUGUACUGUGGAUGACAGGGUCACGCGGGUAGCUUGGUUGAACCGCAGCACCAUCCUGUAUGCUGGAAAUGACAAGUGGUCUAUAGACAACCGAGUGGUCAUCCUCUCCAACACCAAAACCCAGUACAGCAUCAAGAUCCAUAAUGUGGACGUGUAUGACGAGGGCCCCUACACCUGCUCUGUGCAGACAGACAAUCAUCCAAAGACAUCGCGGGUACAUCUCAUCGUGCAAGUACCCCCUCAGAUCAUAAACAUCUCAUCAGACAUCACCGUGAAUGAAGGCAGCAGUGUAACCCUCAUGUGCUUGGCCUUUGGGAGACCAGAGCCUACCGUGACAUGGCGACACCUGUCCAAAAAAGGCCGGGGCUUUGUGAGUGAAGAUGAGUACCUGGAGAUCACGGGGAUCACCAGGGAUCAGUCCGGGGAGUAUGAGUGCAGCGCUGUCAACGACGUGGCAGCUCCAGACAUCCGGAAAGUAAAGGUCACCGUGAACUACCCACCGUACAUCUCCAACACCAAGAACACUGGCGCCUCGGUUGGCCAGAAGGGCAUCCUGCGCUGCGAAGCCGUUGCCGUGCCCGUGGCUGAAUUCCAGUGGUUCAAAGAAGACACCAGAUUAGCCAAUGGGCUAGACGGAGUGCGAAUCGAGAACAAAGGCCAAAUGUCCACGCUGACCUUCUUCAAUGUCUCAGAAAAGGACUACGGCAACUACACCUGCGUGGCCACUAACAAGCUGGGGAUCACCAAUGCCAGUAUAAUCCUGUAUGAAAGUGAGCCCACAGCACUAGCAGGCCCUGGAGCAGUGCACGAUGGCAGCAACGCGGCUUCCAGAGCAAUGGCCUGCCUCUGGCUAUCGGGCACCCUCUUUGCUCACUUCCUCAUCAGGUUUUGAUAAGAAAGCAGAGGGUCCUUGGAGGUGACGCCUGGCUUCUCCCACACCACAGACUUUACUCUCUACACUGCGGGGGCAACCACCACCGUUUUACAGCGUGAACGUACUGCCGGGAGGGCGGGGGAGGGGGUGAAGGGGAAGGGGAAAGGGAUCUGACAGCCUGGUGAGGGGAUAAGUCAUGGGGGUUUCUCAAAGCAAGUCGUUUUCUUCUGCCCCAGCCCUGCCCCUGAACCCUAUUUAUACACAUGUCCGAAACGGGAGCGUGUCUCGGCCAAGCCCAUUAAAAUUGCCCCAAGAGACAUGCCUUGGUUUGAGAGACGAUGCAUAGCGGAAGCUACAAAAAAAAAAAAAGCAAAAACAAAAACAAAAAAAAAAGCAAAGAAAAAAAAAAAGAAGAGUCAAAGUGUCCUAUUAUCUCUGUGUCUCUUAAGCAAAAGGAUUGUUCUUUCUACUUGUUACACUGUACAUACUUGUUCAAGUUUCUAAGUGUCCGGUUACACCUGGGUUUCACCUUGCUUCCAUCUGGGUGGAUGUUUUAAUAGGCUUCAUCCUGUCAAGCAAUUCCCAUGCCCACCCCCCGCACCUGGGCUCUCAGCACCCGCAGGAAACAGUGGCUGUGGAUGGUCUGUGGCACUCGUGCCAUGGAGGACCAGAGAGCCCUUAAGAGCACAGCUAGGGAAAUGCUAGGGGCGCUGUUGUUGCCUUGCACUGUAGCUGAGGGCUGAGUGACUAAACUGAGCGGAUCUAUAGACAACAUGGUGAGUCAUCCGUCUUUCCAUCCAUCAACGUAAUCAUGCAGGCUUUCUACCCAUCUCUCUCUUCUCUUCACCCAUCCAUCUAAUUACCUACCCAUCUGGCUUUCUAGCUAACCAUCUAUUUGCCAUAUUUAUCAACGAUAUUAUCUGUGUUUCUAUCCAAAUCUCUCCUGCUCUGGUCUCCGUCCAUCCAUCAGUGUAAUCAUCUCGAUUUCUCCAGCCAAGUUUCUUUCCCUCUCCAUCCAUCCGUUUCUUUUUUCCCUCUGUUUUCGCCCGGGCAUCCACCUGUUACGGCGGAGGAUAGUUAGAAACUCCACAACCUUAUGCUUACGCCACACGGCUCCAGGCUAGCUCACGGCCCAGCCAAAAAGAUGAGCAAUAUCUGGCCCCUUGUCUGAUGAAGCCACGUCAGAGUCAAAGCACAAGACGGGUUAACGUGUACGUUUCAGUAGCAAUCCAUUGCUUAGUGCCACCAGGAAAAAAAAAAGCAUAAUAAUAAAGAAAUCAAGCUGCUUCUGCUGUCCUACCUCCCCAAAAUGUUUCCCUUCCAGCAGCCAACACCCCAACACAAGGCAAAAACCACCCCCUGACAGCCCUUUGCCUUUCAGAGCCAGUGACUUCAUAUCCGCUAACAGGUGCCUGCGUCCCUGCGGCUCCGCAGGGCGGCAUGCCGGAUGUCUUUCAGACCAGCCCCCAAGCGUCUGCGGCUCCGAGUGGUGCAUCCACUGCCCGUUCGGGGACCGGCAGAAGCCAUCUCUCACCUCCCUCGCCAGCCCCGCUCCUUUUUUGUUCCCUUAGAAAUCCAUCCAGUCUGAAGCUGAUGGAGGCCAAUUAUUUUGCUAGUGUGUUGACAUCACUCUCGUGUUUGUUUGGGAAGCUCUUAUGAGCAGAGGGUACUUGAGUAGCUGACUUAAUUUCCAAGCACUUGAUUAACUCAACAUUGAAAACAGACGGGAAAGAGGAAGGGAAGGGGAGGGGGAAAAAAAACCCACAAAAAAACCCUAUAUUCACGUGGUUUCCUGUGUCUCAGCUGUUUCUGUUCAAGUCAGAGAGGGAAUUUCUGGCGCCGGGCUCUGAAAUGUAGCAGCAGCACUAUCGAAACUUUGACUUUUCAGACUGUGGAUGUGUGUUUCAAAGGUUCCUCCUGGUUCUUCUCCAAGUUUCCUGGCUCAGUUUAGGCCUUAUUUAAAAGGGACGGAGCACUUUCUUCAAAGCCCAGCGACAGUAAGAAGAGGAGUCUGUAUUGCCGUGAUGUCUUUGAAUGUACUUUUCCCAGUCAAACCUAACCGCUAGCUUUCUGGAGCAGGCGAGGCAGGAAGGGGCUCAAGGACUCCAGCCUUCUCAGAUUGAUCCAGUCCAUCCAACAGCCCUUUCCAUCACUGCCCUGGAGCAGAUGGGGCCGUGCUGCAGAAACCGGAUCCGUGGAAUAAAUGGAGUGGCUUCUACAAAACCUGCCUAGUAGAAACCUUUUUGCUCGCCCUGAUACUGCAAGACACAGAGACUACUUUUGAGGUAGAAAUGGAGGUGAAAGGAGACCGUGAUGUGUGUGGGGUUCCCCACCCCUCCUCUUUUUUUUUUUUUUUCAUUUUGCAACCGUGGCUAUAUGACUGUCCCGCCGACACUUGCGCUGAUACCAGACACCGGGCAGUGGGGGCUGAGCGCAGUCAGGGAAGCAGUAAGGAAGUAUAGGACCUACCGUACUGAGCUGCUUAGGCCAUGUUUUGGGAAUGCAAGAUGAGUUUGUGGAGAAUGAGUGACUGGCGGCUCGCAGUGGGUUCAGGUGUGAUAGACGAAUGGUCAAGAAUGUGCCAUUUGGGGUCUUCAGCUCUGUCAAUACAUGUAAACUUUCAUGAAUGAUUACAAACAAGCAUUCUGAUGUAACUUAUACAAGACUAAACAUUUGGGUGGUAUAUUCAUAAAAAAGGAAAGGGAGGGUCUUCUUUUGCGUUAACACACAUAACACAAUCCCAACCCAUCCCAGUUCUUGAAUGUACAUGUUCUCUUUCCCCAUGUAUUUUUCCUUCCAAGGAGGGAAGGCUGGAGUACGAAUAGUAGCAUGUUGCACUUUCCUCUAAAUGUUUUCCUGCUCUGAAAAAAAUCUAACAGUGCCCUCCCCAGCUUUCAUCUGGAUAACAGGAACUACAUUUCAGCAUCCACAUGAAGAAAAGGAAGCAACCCGCUAUAUCACUCUACCAAGAGCAUUACACAGCAUGGUAGAGAGAAACAUAGGGCAAAAAAAAAAAGAGGAGGAAAUGUUGCAUGCUGAGUUAAUCUCUACAGGAAUCUUUGCUGCAACAUUUUGGCCAACAAAGACCUUCAUUCAUUUUGGUACGUCACUAAAGACACGCAAAGGUGUAUUUUAAAAGUCCAAUACAUAUACUGAGUUCAUUGGCUCACAAGGAGGAAUUCAAAAGAACUGAAGCAAUAGAUUUUCAUCACUUUACCCCCAGGGUCAAUUGAAAUAUAUGCUCUAGUUCAGCCACAAUUUGUAGCACGAGGGGGCAGGAACCACUGGAUGUCACUCGAAGCCUGUGUGUGUACUACAGGAGGCCAGAUGAGAUAAAUGCAGGCGGGGCAAAAUUCAAAGAUUCAAAAUCUAUGAAUUGAUCCUCACGAAUGUAUUAGGUGGAAGAAACUAAUAAAACCAGAAACAUCGGCAGCAAGUCCCUCUGCCUGUCAAAGGAGGUCAUCAAACAGCAUUUUAUGUGGUUAAUUCUGCUCCAGCGCUGUUGAGAAUCGGAGAGGAGAGCAGCUGGAGACCACAGAGGCGAGGUCCUCAGGAGGGUCAUUAGCUAGCCCUAUGUAACCCACUUUUCUUCCCCUCCCAACCAUUGCUAGGGAUGCAAUAAGUCUACAAGCCUCAUCUGGGGACAAUUUCUGGGGCUCAGAAGAGGAAACACAAAUUACUCUUACAGGCAAAGCUCUGUCAGGUGGAAUCUAAAAAGCCUUUGCCUGCAACAAAACCCAAAGCAAGUCCCAAUAAGCUUCCAUGUGUUUCAUGGACUCACUAACACUUCCAAAAAAUGACGGGAACUGAAACUCUAGGAGAUCAAGCUGGUACCAGACUUUUCUUCCACAACAGUCAAUGUUAUGUACCCUAUUUAUACGUGUUCUUCAGGUGGAUUUGAUUUUGAAUGGGACCUCACGAGAAGUGCUGCUAUGUGUGUGUGAGUGAGCAAGGUCCUCAUGCACGCUUGAGGUGGCAUAGCAUAUUACUCUUUUGGGCAAAAGUAUAUAAAAGGCUUUUCACUUGAUCAUCUCAAGUGCCCUGAGUUUUUAAGCUACGCUUUGGAAGGAUUUCCACCUCCCUAUGCAACAGGGAACCUCUUGUUUCUUGAAUCUGCAGCCCAUCUCCCCAGAAGAGCUUGAUGUGAAGAAGAUGCUAUCGGUUUGCCUUGAGCAAGCCGUUGGGUAAGGCCCUCUUGCAAGAUCCGCGACAUUGCUUUUAACGACAUCCAUUACAAACCGACUCACUGAAAAAAGGGAUCACUCAGAAUAGUGAUGCACGUGGCAGCAGGACAAAGGGUGAUCCUGAACAGAUCCAUAGGAAAGGCUUGAAGAUGGUGGGUGAAUCUUUGGGUCACUUGGUCUGGAUAGACAUCUCAGUGUUCUUGCCCAGCAAAGGGGAAGAAGCAAUGGACGGGAAGAAGACAUUUCCUGACUGUAACCCCCCGCCCCAGUUAUCUCUACAAACUGGUGAAAAAUAAACAGCCACCACCGCAAAGCUGAACAACAUUUCCAUUUCUGGCCAAAAACCCGAUUCACCCCCUUGCCUCCCUCGCCGACAGCAAGAGGGUUUUAGUUUUUUUUGCACAGCCCUAAGUUUUCAAAACGUUCCAAGUGCAUUUUUUUUUCCCCCAAAGGAAGGAACAUUUAAGUAGCCACAGGAAGCCUUUAUAAAAGGCAGUGGUAUAUUACUGAAGAGUCCUUAAAUAUGGAUACGAUGGAACGGUCCCAUUCCCAAGGAAACAAUUCCCAUUCUUCCCUUGCUGUAGGGGAACAGUGAUAAAGACUGCAAUUAAAAGGUGUGGCAGGAAACAGCUGGACUUUUGAAACCAAGGCCAAAGGAUCGACGAUAAAUGCAUACUGUCCUUCUGCUAGUUGACACACACACACACACACACACACACACACACAUAUAUGUGUGUGUGUGUAUA